AUGGGAUUGAUACAGUCUUGCAGAGUUGAUCUGAAAGUACUGCUACAACCCCGAUGCCUUGGUGAAACAAAAUAUGAUCAAGUCACUCAACAGUCACUCAAUAGUUACUUAACAGUCAGUCGACAGUCAGUCGACAUAAAGCAAAAAGAUAGACUUGGAAAUGUCUUGGCAGGAUCUGGGACUUCGCCAUACCCAGAAGUAUAUCGUCAUGUCCAUGGUACAUUGGCUAUGAUUAAAAAUAUAUCGACUAUGCCUAAAAGUUAUCGGGUGUUCCAAUUAGAAUACUUUAAGCUUUACUUUGGUUGA